UUUGUUUGCUGGCCGCCAGUCGCCGAUGUCACAUCGAAGACGCUGCUACGCGGUUUGUGUGGAGCGCGCAAAAUAACUGAAUAAUAAAAAAGCAACGAAACGAAACGAACAUAAAAGAACAGAAUCGAGUAUAUAGAGAAGACCGUAAAUUGUGUAGCAUAAUAGCCAAGCGACGUGCAAUAUCAUUUGUUAACUGCGAUCGUUCGGACACGGCACGGCUGAUUGAUUACAAUGCUAUCGGCACGAGAACAGUUUUUUAAUAGCGAUGGCGGUACUCCCGGCAUAGGACUAGGCAUUGAGAUAGGCGAGAGUGGCACAGCGAAACCGGGACGUGGUGUCUACAAUGCCACCACUGUGCCUAUGACGAGUGCGAGCAGCUGGCGCAAUGGACAGACAAACACAACAACCACUGCCACGCCCACUGGCGCUGCACCAAUUGCGUCCUCCAAGCAAACGCCGUUGGAGCCGGUGGUAGAGGACGAGGAGGAUUUCCACAUUGAUACGAACGCGCUAUCCAACCUGCCGCCGCGCGAUCCCGUGGACAUUGAGUUCAAGGAGCUCUCGUUGACGGUCAAAUUGGGCUUCAAUCGAGGUGAAAAAGAAAUAUUGCACAAUGUUUGCGGCAAGUUUCCAGGCAGCCAGCUGAUUGCCAUCAUGGGCCCAUCGGGAGCUGGUAAAUCUACGCUGCUCGAUGCUCUUUCCGGCUUUAAGACCACCGGCGUCGAUGGUUCCAUACGACUCAAUGGACGACGACGUGAUUUGCCCUCGUUUCGUCGCAUGUCCUGCUAUAUCACACAGGAUGAUCGUCUGCAGCCUUUGCUAACGGUCACCGAGAAUAUGCAUAUAGCAGCCGAUCUGAAAUUGGGCGAGAAUGUCAGCUAUGAGGAGAAGGAGAGCAGAAUUGAGGACAUUCUGUUGCUGCUGGGUCUUUAUGAUCACGAUCAGACGCUGACAGGCCGCCUGUCGGGCGGACAGAAGAAGAGGCUAUCCAUUGCCAUGGAAUUGAUAAAUAAUCCCACUGUGAUGUUUCUGGACGAGCCCACGACUGGCUUGGACAGCAGUUCCUGCACCAAAGUCUUGGAGCUAUUGAAACGUUUGACCACCCAGGGUCGCACCAUCAUUUGCACCAUUCAUCAGCCCACUGCCAAGCUAUUCCAAAUUUUCGAUCAAGUCUAUGUGCUCUCUUCCGGUAAUUGCGUCUACCAGGGCGGCACUCAGAAGAUGGUGCCAUUCCUGCAAUCUGUAGAACUGCCAUGUCCCAUGUACCACAAUCCAGCUGAUUACAUAAUUGAACUGGCCUGCGGUGAGUACGGCUUUGACAAGAUCGAUACGUUGAAGACUGCGUCGGAGAAUGGUAGCAGUCUGACCUGGUUCAACAAUCCGGGCGCUGUGCUACGCUCCGAGGCGCUCAUCCACAAGCAUCCCAUACCCAAGCGUAGUAAAAAUGUUUCCCUGGAGAACACCAGCUUUAUGAAUCAGUGUACCGUGCUGCUGCGACGAGGCUAUAUCAAGUCUGGUCGAGAUACGACUCUGACCCAUCUUCGCCUGUUUGUCAACAUUGCUGUGGCCGUACUCUAUGGUGCGAUGUAUGACCAUUCCGGCAAGGAGGGCUCACGAGUUUUGGAUAAUUAUAAUCUUCUAUUUGCCAUAUUGAUGCAUCAUUCCAUGACGACAAUGAUGUUGACGGUUCUAACAUUCCCCCUUGAGAUGACGAUCUUAAUCAAGGAGCAUUUCAAUCGCUGGUAUUCCCUGAAGGCCUACUACUUUGCCUUGACGCUUUUAGAAAUACCCAUAACGUUUAUCAGUACAUUCGUGUUCACGGUCAUCAUUUAUUUGUGGAGCUAUCAGCCCAUGGAAUGGGUGCGCUUCUGGAUGUUUUUUGUGAUCAGUUUGCUUGUGGUGUUUGUGGGACAGAGCUUUGGACUGAUAAUUGGCGCUUGGUGCAAUGUGGUCAACGGAACCUUCCUGGCUCCAGUGCUAACCAUUCCCAUGAUGAUGUUCGCCGGCUUUGGCGUCACCUUGCGUGAUCUGCCCAGCUACUUGAAGUGGGGCAGUCACAUAUCGCAUUUGCGAUAUGGUCUUGAAGGCUAUAUAGCAGCCAUCUAUGGAAUGAAUCGCGGGGUUUUGGAUUGCAACGAGGCGCCCUAUUGCCAUUACAGAUAUCCAAAGAAGUUUUUGGAGGAGAUUACCAUGUCUGGCGAUCAGUUCUGGAAUGAUCUCAUGGCACUGAGCAUAAUACUACUCCUUUUCCGCGUGGGCGCCUAUUUUGUGCUCAAGGCCAAGCUCAAGUCGAUCAGAUGA